CCUGAAAGACAGCAGACCCGCACCUUGUUUGACAGUCAGCUCCGCCCGUGCUCACGCGGCAAGGGACGAAUCCCGAGGCACCUGCAAAUUAGGCGGGAACUGAUGGAUGCCAAGGAAGCAGCCGCCCGGGGCGCUGCCAAGCCAGGCACAUGUAUCCCAGAAAUCCCAGCAAUCAGUCUCAGCUGAGCUGGAUUGCAUCACUCCUUCGCUGGUGCGGGGCUUCUUCCACCCUUGGCCGCUGUAAGCAGAACAACCAACCGCCGCCAUCAGUCGCGACCAUUGAACCCAACAGAGAACAAAGACGCUGCGACAGCCCCCCCGUCCAUACCACCAGACGGCAAUCACCACAUACCUUGGGCGCUCCAGCCCACCAUCUCUCUGAUUGCCCAGGGGAGGCUGCAGCCCCCGCUUCGUCCACCUGCAUCGCCAGCGCAGACACCACCACCCCAACCACACAAGCCCCAUCCCCAUGGAUCAACGAAGCCCUCCCGAGUUCAUCCUCGAGGCCUUUGCCGAUCCGUCGACUGUGCGAGAUGUCGUCCGCGGCAUCCUGCACACCAUCUUCUUCCAUCGCUUCUUCCCCUCGGUGCAGCCGCAGACCCGCGAGGUCUUGGACCUGACCCUCCCCCUGGUCGACGAUGUCGAGCUCGAGACCAUGAUCGACCAGCGCGCCGCCGCCCUCGCCCGCCAACUCGAUGCCGCCCAGUCGCACCAGCACCACCCCUCAGGUGGCGGCCGCGGUCAGAUCUCGGUCCAGUUCUUCGAGAAGAAGCGCCGCAAGACAUGGCUGGCCAUGCGCGGCGACGAGGAGGUCUGCUGGGAAUGGUGGACCGUCAAGGUCACGGUGGCCGAGCCCCGAACCGAGAGCGACCGCGCAAAGGUUCGCAAAGCCACCGAGGCCACCUUACUCACAACCACGACCAAGAUUAUAACCUUCGUCAACACGCACAAGGAUCACAUCCCGCCCAUAACCACGACCGAAUCGAACCCGUUCCCGUACCAGAUCACAGUCAAUCAGAAGGAGACAGGCUUCAGGAUGGGCAUGUAUUGAUUCAUGCAGAAAUCCCUACAUCCAGCGUCGUCGGCCAUGUCGUGGCCGACCCUGCCGAUGCAACCCAAUGCUACCACGUGGUGAGCAUGGCGUGGGCCCGGUCACUAUAAACAGGGCCACCACAUCGAGUUUGGCCCAGCAUCGGAGCACUAUCGCGGUUGCUUCAGUCGCGAGACUCGUAGUUGUCGACGUCAGCCACUCGGCCAAAGCACUCGAGAACAAAACCGUAUCAAAAGCCAUAACGCCAACAUUUUGGAAUCUUCCAUCCCUUUCUUACUAGGGAUGCUUAGUCCGGGCUCUAUUUGCCAACGCCAUUAACCACUGCGAUAUUGUGAAGAAGGCAACAAACCAUCGUCUGGUUGGUAUGGCCGAGAAGUACAUGAGAGGUUCCAAUGAAGAAGGGGCCGGGUCUCGAAUUCAUACAACUCUGCUGUCAAAGCUCUAGGUGGAAAGACGUCAUGGCAGCAAGGGGAGAAUCAGGGUUAAAUCAGUAGGCAUAUCGCUGCUGUUCAUUGUUCUAUUCACUCUCUCGUCGUCCAUACUUGGCGCAAAAAUUUAGGGUCAAAAAUCAAAUCGACUAAGCCACAAAACACAAAGUAGGCUCUCAAAUGACAUCCAUAC